CUUCUCCUAUUUCUCUAACUUCCUUCCCAAUUUACAACUACACCUCACUCACUUCCCGGGGUUGCUUCACCAAAUUUUCAUACCCAUUUUACUCGUUUCACAAAUCAUUGCUUAAUAGUUCAGCAUUUCUGUUUCCCGAAUCCUUUUUUGGCGGUGAAAAAGCACCUUUUGUGUGUGAUGGUUUUGCGGAUUUGAUGAUUGAGUUUCAGGAGAAGUCUCUCGAGAGCUGAGUGGAAUCUGUGUUGCUAAUGGAGGCGGAGACAGUUCGAGCGGAGAAUCGGAGCCUCAGGUUCGACGCGGUGUCCAUGGAGAGAAGUAAGAGCUUUGUUACUGCAUUACAGGAUCUCAAGAACCUCAGGCCCCAACUAUACUCUGCUGCAGAAUACUGUGAGAAGUCUUACCUUCACAGCGAGGAAAAACAAAUGGUGUUGGACAAUCUUAAGGAUUAUGCUGUACGAGCUCUAGUGAAUGCAAUCGACCACCUUGGUACUGUUGCUUACAAGCUGGGUGAUAUCCUGGAACAACAGACGUCGGACAUCUCAUCAAUGGAGCUGAAAGUUACUUGUCUAAAUCAGCAACUGCUUACAUGCCAAAUAUAUACGGAAAAAGAAGGUCUUAGGCAGCAGCAGUUAUUAGCUAUCAUCCCAAGGCAUCACAAACAUUAUAUCUUGCCAAAUUCUGUGAACAAGAAGGUGCACUUUAACCCACAUAUACAGACUGAUCCUAGGCAACCUGCACUAGCAAGAGCCCGUCUUUAUCAUGCAGGUGCUACAGCCGCAAAAACUCUCUCUUGGCAUUUAGCAUCUGAAACCAAAUCAACUUUGAAAGGCUCUGUACGCAGUAUUAUAAGCAAUGAAAACUCGCAAACAUAUGGGAGAACUUCUUGGCCGCCCAGCAUGUCAGAUAUUGAAGAGAACACACGGAUGAAAUCCACACCAGCUUCAAGUGCAGCGAUGCAAAAACUGGGUGUUGUUCAACAGGAUGCUUUUGAGGGCUCAAAACCUCUGACUCCAUUCCGGUCAUUUGACAAUCUUACACAAAGAGAAAUAGUUCGACCCCCUGUUCGCAGCAGGAGUGUGCUCUCAGCUUUCUUUGUCAAGCAAAAGACGCCAAAGUUGAGGACGGGCGCAUAAGUGCAUAACUCCUUCACCAAACUAUAAUCUAGGACGGGCGCAUAAGUGCAUAACUCCUUCACCAAACUAUAAUCUAGAUCGUUUCAGCUUUUGCAUCAGGUUAGAGUCUAUGGAUAUGGACAUCUUCUUUUGAUCAAUCAUUAACUAGUAGUUGGCUGUAUCUUAUUAUCCAAUCUUUCCCUGUUGUGCAUCAAUAAACUAGCAGUCAGUCUGGGUAGAAUGUUGAGCCUUUUCUUUUCUUGAUGUUAUAUGUUAUCUCCUACAUUGUGUUAUAUUUUGUAGUAUUAACAUAACUUUCUGUAUUUUCUAAUCAUUUUGUGUUAAUAAUAAAUGUGUCUUGAUAA